AUGUCUUCCACCGACAUAACCGGCAACAUCACUGUCGCCGGGAGUCCCAGCAAGGUUCCAAUCCUCCGGGAGAGACUCCAAUCGAUUUCUCAGGAAUACAAGACCCGAAUUGGCUACUCCACCCACGAUAUUAGCUCCAAAUGCACGACAGUCGACACCUUCUUCGAUACGAUUGCUGUUGAACGACUUCGUCGCAUGCCUCGGGAUGGCAGCCGUUUGGAUGCCGUCCUCCGACGGGCGUCGCGGUUCGCUUUCGCAGUGAGCUCGCUAUACGAUGCUGUCCUUGGCAUUGUAUCCGCGGCAAGCGAGGCUGCCUCGCUCAUUUGGGGAACAGCCUUGAUCCUACUAGAGAUGGGUAUCGACCAGCCAGGUAGUCUUGAAGGUAUCUUCGGCCAAUUUGGUCGGGUAACCAUGGGUAUCUCCUUCUUGCUACAGGGUGAACACUACUUCAGGACCCCUGGUGUUGCUCAUGAAGUGGCUGAGAUUUACGCGGACCUGGUCGAACUGGUCAGCCACGUCACCAUGGAAUACAACGAUGCACCCAAGGCUCAGGACGGGGAGACGAUGAACGAGAACAUUAACGAGGCGUUCUAUCUGUACUUCAACCGAUUUAACAUGCAUUGGCGACGGAUCACCAAGGCCAUCAUGACCAGCCAAUACGAUACCACGCUUGAUAUUCCCGCGAUUUACCAAUUUCUUGACUUGCAGGAUCGUCCUCUGCAGAUGAUCCUCGAAGGCCAUAGCCACGCUCUGGCUGACGGUUCCUUCUCAUGGUUCGAUUCGGAUUUGGCCUCGUUUGCCAUGAGCGAUCACGAUGUGCUUGCCGUGACGGGCGAUCCCGGGACUGGUAAAAGCGCACUGGCCCAAUGGACUGCCGAGCGGUUGCAGGUCUCGGCUGAAUAUGAUGUUUGGAAUGCCAUCUCGUUCCCGAUUCGUGCCGACGUGCCGAUCACGGAGCUGUCUUUGACUGUCCUCAAAGGCCUGGUACACCAGAUGCUUGACAGGUCAAUCAAUGACCCCAACGCCCAGAAGGCCAUUCUGGAAGCUACCACUAGAGCGGUUGUCACUGCGUCUGCUGCCGCGCCCGACCCUCAAGUAGAGGACGUACUCUGGACAGCCGUCGAAGCGGCUCUGACGUCCAACAUCCACUUCAUGAUCGUCAUUGAUGGUUUGGACCAGAUGAGAAACGCCGAUGCGAGCGCAACACGCUUUCUCAGUCGCCUCGAAAACGCCAUUUCCAGCCCACGUACCCCGUCCAAGCUGAUCGUUUUCAGUCGAGCUCUCCCGACCGAAGUCGACCUUUCCAACGCCCAAUUUCUGACCAUGGACACUUCUAAGACCGGAGACGACCUCAAAGUUGCGGUGUGCGACAUGAUGUCUCUCGACUCUCAGCUCCACGGCCUUGACGCCGCCAACACGGAGACUAUUGCGAAGGCCAUUGUCUCUAAUGCUCGGGGCUCGUUUGUUUGGGCGCAACUGGCAGUACAAUAUAUCGGACAGCACAAAACAGCAAGCGAAAUGCUUUCUGCUGCCCGGAAAGCGCCCAAAUCCGUGGACGACCUGGUUGAUAGCCAUCUGAAUGCCAUAGACCUUGAUCAACAGGAGGCUAGGCUCAUCAUUGCCUGGCUUGCGGCAUCAGAGCGGCCAUUGCAAAUCCAGGAAGUCAAACAGCUGCUUACUAUCGACACCAAGGGGCCUAGCUUUGUCUCUCGCGUCACUAGUCCCGGGAAGGAGACAUUCCGGCCAGUGAACUCGCUCAUCACGACACGCGAUGGAUUUGCGGCGUUCCGGCAUCACAUUGUCCGGGAGCGCGUUCGCCAAUUGGCUGAUUCGAUGGAGGGCGAUUACUCCAACCAGGGCAAAUUCCCGUUCAACAUGCAGGAGGCACACUACGAACUCCUGGUCCGAUCGUUGGCCUGGGUCAAAUUCUGCCUGAAGGAAGAGGUUGACAUCUCAUUCGACAAGAUGGCUGUGGACAAGCGAGACGCAUUCCUCGAAACCUAUACGCUUCUGGAGUACACUUCGCGCUACUGGUACUCACACCUGCUCUCUUCUCCGUUGGUCAGCGCGGAUGGAACGUUCAACUUUGUCGCACCUUUCAAGCGGGCCCUGCCGGAGUCGGUUCUAUUUGUGCUUUUGGAACUGACAAGCCGCGAGUCGCAGUUCAGCCGCUCUAGUAUCCUGGAACUGUAUCGUGUCUCCGUCGACGUCCGCCAAGGCGUCCUGGGUCAGAAAUCGAAGACUCUCCUGCAAAGUUUGAUUUUCAGUGGCCGUGCUUUGCACAAGGCAGAUGCCGGCGUUGUGAACGAUCAUCUCUAUGAAGCAUGGCGGAUGAGCAAUGCCAUCCUGGGUACUAGGUCUUCCGUUACAAUCUCUCUGGCAGAGCUCAUCGCAAGAACCGUCCGUGCCAGCGAGUGGGACGACGCGGCUGCCGCCCGAGAUGAGACCUACCGCCGCCGAGCAGAGGCUCUUGACCACUUGGUGUCUGUGGACGCAGAAGGCUCUCCCUUGGGCUUCAACCGCCGCUUCGGUUACUUGGCCGUAUUGGUCAAGUUGUACAAGGACAGCAACGAAGAGGACGCAGCGUACGGCGUUUCGCGGCAAUUCUACCAGAACUCUGUGCACAGAUAUGGCUCUCACUCGCUUGAGAGUGGCAAGGCGGCUGAUUUCUUGACGCAUCACUUCGAGAUCUCCGGCGACGAUGACAUGGCCCUCACCCUCGCUCGCACCAAGUACGAAAACAUGGUUCGGACCUUGCCUGCCACGGAUGAUCGCCGCAUCGCCUACACCUUGUACAUCGCACGCCUCUACGAACAGCAGAACCAGCCCGACCAGGCAGAGGGAAUUCUGGCUAGCUUAUGGGCAGGUUUGUUGGCGCACGAUGCGACAUCGGCAUCCACCUGGGACAAGAGGACCAAGGUGGCAUUGGUCUACUACCAGUUCCUGCGCCGCCACGGACGCCCUGAUGAGGCCGAAGUUGUCAUGCGUGAUCUCUCUGCGGACAUCCAGACGGAUGGUAUUCAUUCCCCCGAGAUGUUGGAGCGAGCCGAAACACUCCGCAACGAAGCUCGUGAGAUGCAGCUUACCGACAUGGAGCGCAUGCUGUCUGUCAUCAUUUGGAACUACUACAAGCGUGCCGGUCUCGAAUACACCCCUCAGGCCGUUACAUUGGCCGAGCAAUUGGUGGCAGGAACGACUAAAGCCAACUACAAAAAUCUGGCCGCGCUCUCCACCAAGGACCGUCUCCUGCUGCACCAGCUUCUUGACUCUAUGGCCUCUGGAGAGAAUCUCUCGGUAUCGAAUCUGAUCCUGAGUCACAACCUUGCCGCUGUCCACAUCCGUGACGAGGAGUGGCUUGAAGGCAGCGACUGCGCGGGUGCGGUUCUCAAACACACCUGGCCGAUGGUUGACAGCGCGGAUUCCGACUCGAAGUUCCCCUCUGACCGAGCGCCGCACAUGGCAAACCUGGCCUUGGACAUGGCCUACUGCUCGUUCCGUCGUAUGAACGUUCCCAAGGCUUCCGUUGUCUACGGGAAUGCUUUCAAGGCAUCCAUCAUCGCUGAUAAGGUGUCUGUUCCUUCCAUCACCGCCGUCGUCAAGACGGUGGUUGAGUUCUACGAAAACACCUUCCAGUACGCGAUGGCAUUGGUUGUCCUGCGCCAAGUCAGCCAGUUCUUCCUGUCACGUCUUGGUGUCUCAGACAAGCACACUAUGGACAGCCUGUACCACCAGGGAGACCUCGCAACGCGGCUCGAGCAUCACGACGACGCAGAGAACAGUUACGGCACGAUCUACGAUGCCAGUCUCCGUGAUGGGAAGAUCAGGUCAACCGGUAUCCGGGCUGCGGUUGCGCUUAUCGCUCUUUAUGAAUCGAACAAACAAUGGGACUCGGCAUUGGGAGUCUAUCGCCAUCUGUGGCCUACACUCAUCCACUUCGACGAGAAGGAUGGAUACGACCGCGCUUUGUUGGAAGGCCUCUUGGAGAAAACGUAUAACGGAUACAUGGCGAUUCUCGAAACGACGGGCAAGUCGGAGAACUACUCGGAGCGGUACCGUGUCGCCUCUGAGCAUCUGCGACUUUGCAAGAAGAUCCACGGCCCUUCGCACGACAUGACGCUCAGGGCCACGCUCGGAUUAGCUGGUGUCUGCGAAGAAGGCGAACAACACCUGGACGACGCCAUUCAGCUUUACCAGCAGGUCUUGAGGGUCAACGAAUGGGUCCCGUCGUCUCAAGCCUCCCGUGCUUUGCCUGACAUGUCGCUGACGUUGCCUAUCACGACCAAGCACAAACUGGCUCAGCUCUAUUUGCGAAAGAAGUCCAGGUCUCCCGAAGCCGGAUCUCUGUACGCGGAGGAAAUGGCGCUUUCAAAGCAGCGACACGGCCAUUCGUCCACUUCCGCUCUGUCGUGGCUGCGUCAAAUUGCUUUGUUCUUUGCUUUACAGGACUCCACGGACUCCUGGAAUCGCGGGGCUACCACCCUGCGCUCUCACGCCCACGAAACAAUCGAAGUCACCAAUCACCAGGAGACGUUGGUGGACCGGGCUCGCCGGCUGGCGGAGAUUUACUUGGAGUGCGGCUACAUCGACGCGGGCAACAACUUGAUCGACGCCCUGCGCCAGCAGGUGGUGUACGAGCGCCCCGAGUCACAGAGAUCGCUGAAUACGUAUCAACCCGCCAUAUUCGUUGCUGCCUUUGAAGAAUACUUCCGGAAUCGCCAGUCGUUCAGCCAGAUCUUGGAUGAGCUUAGCGAGGAGAGCUCCGUGUUCGGAUCGUUUGAACAAAGCUUGUCGAGCCACGAUCUUGUCCCAACACUGACCUCUGGUGAGAAGCUCCAUCGGGCGCAGACCGAGCAAAGGCGAACAACUACCGCCAAACAGACCCAGUCGAAACUGUACGCCUAUUUCUGCAACACCCUAUCAAUCUCGCAUCUCAAGCAAAAGGACGUCAUCCGCCAAUUUUACAAUAUCUGCCGCCGGGAGGUCUUGUACGAGGACUACAACACAAACAUUAUCGCGGCUACUAUUCACGAAGUCAAGAGCCUUUGCGACAGUUUGCGAUUCCAGGAAGCCGCUGACCUGGCUGGCGCCUUCCACUCCUUCGUUCACUUGACUGAAGGUCUGCGAACCUACGAGAGUAUCCUGGCUUCCAUCAAGAUCUGUCUGUACCUCAACGGUUACAACACCGCCAAGUGCACCGACGAGAAGGUUGCGAGGAAUAUGUCGAUCGAGUCCAAGUUGCUCUUGCAGGAAAUCAUGACGAACGCACAGGACAUCAACGUUCAGUUCUCCGAAUUGCCGUUCGCUGAGCUUAACGACUUGGUUACGAUUUUAGGAGAGCACGAACUAUUUGAGGAUCUGGAGGUUAUUUUGACCGAUCUAUGGACCUCUCGUAUCGUCCAGCGAACAUGGACCCUGAAUGUCGUUGUCUGGAUCGGGCGUCGUCUGGUGGAAACUCGUUACUGCCGGGACAACGUUGACGGCGCCAUUAAGCUCGGUCGCGAUAUCUGCUACAAUUUGCGUCAGGUCUGGGGUAACUGUGACCCCGUUACCUUCGACAUGAAUACGUUGCUGUCCGGAAUGUAUACGGCGUCCGGCAACUACCGCGCCGCGGUCGCUCUCCACGAAACUGCCCUGAACGAACUGCUCAACGACCGUGACGCGGUGCAUGACGAGAGCGCUGCUGAAAUCGCUUCGCAGCACCUGGAACUGCUCACACACGCUCAGGCUCGCCGCCAGAAGGGAUCGUCAACUCCAGCUGGCGAGACGCGGGCGUAUUCCGAAUUGGUGAAGCAAUUGUCGACCAAGUUCAACAUCUCAGCACCCGCGUCGCAGGAUGUGUCCGCGACGGAUGACGAUGUUGGCGUGUGGCAUCGUCCUCGUCGAUUCAGCCUUGAUGUCCAGGAGGAAUUCGAGCACCAAAACCAUCUCCGGAACUCGAGUGGUGCAACGAUGCUGAACGGAAAUGCCGGGGCCAAGCGGAUUUCGGUUGCUGCCCUGUAA